AUGGCUUCCAAUUCGCGUUCACCACUUCGAAGACUCCCCCUCGAGAUUGUAGCAAAUAUUCUCGGGCAUUCAGAUUCAAUUAAGGAGCUUGGAACAUCCAUCUUCAGUCAUUCCAUCUUUUACAAUGCAUUCAAAGCAAACUCUCGCUCCAUCGCCAAGAGCAUUAUCACUACGCAAAUUCCUGAGAAAAUAAUCCCGUAUGCAUUGCUGUUACUCGAGUCUGACCAUCAUGAGCCUGGAGACUUGGUAGCUCUCAGAGGGAUGCUCGCACGUUUAUGCCCACAGGUCCAUGGGACAGAUGAAAAUGUGGACGAUAUUACGAGCAGUCACCACGUCUCGGAGACCGCCAGCCGCCCGCUUUCGUUGAGCACACUCUCCAUGUCUGACUAUGCCUCUUUGAGCAGGAAUUAUGAGGCUAUCCUAUUAUUACGUCAGAUAAUGGCUGAAGAGUCUUUACCCAUUUUGAGGACUUUUGGGCUCAAAGAAGCGAAGACUCCACUCAGAACUGCCGAAAAAUUCCGGCUGGACAGAGCCUUCUACCUUUUCCAGACAAUUUGCAAUUUGUUUAGUUUCAAUGCAAGGCCAGAUGAUUUGAUAUUGACUCCUGGGCAGUAUUUGGAACUUGUCUCUGGAUCUCACGAAUACAUAGGGAUGGUUUUCUACUAUUUCUCGCCUUGGGUAAACCACCAGUUACAGAGCGUAUAUAGCUUUCUCGAAAGACACAUCGUCAGCUCUUUUCGUUACAUUGCUAAGCACGAUGUCGCAUAUGUUGCCUGGACCGAUACACAUGAAGUUAGUGAUCGGGAUGAUCUCAACAUUGAUGAAUUGUUCACCCGCGGUCUCUCUUUUCACUUAAAGCUCCACCAGACAAAGACCUUCGAGGCCAUAUCGCACUUGCUGAAACCGUCCUCCAAUCCUGUCACCCGAUGGGGUAUCUCGGAUGUUUUCGACUGUUUGACUGAUCCGAUGCAGUUCCUUGUGCGGGAACAGGGAAUGUGGACCACACAGGUCCAGGAUCUCACCGAAGAAGAAUUAGGUUUGAUACAGCGACCACACGAUGGAGAGUUUGAUGGUGUGAAGUCGAGCUCAUGCCGCAAUUGGAAGUGCGCCUUCGAGCGGCACUUAGUCAGCAGCUGUCGACUCGAUACAGAGAAGUCCUGGCUUUUGAGGUGCGCAUAUGUUAUGUGGGACUAUCCUGAUGUUCCUGAAAGCUUUUUGUCUGAAACGUUUCAACUCUUGUUCAACACUUGGAUCAAUUAUCAGGCUUUACCGGGAGAUUACCCGGUUAAUGUGGAAUGGGACCGGAAUCCAAUUUAUCUGUCCUGGCAGCAACGGAGGGGCAUCUAUGCGCGUGGUGGCGAGGGCUGGUGGCCUGCCACAGGGGUCGAUUUCAGCAGAGUCACCGGGCUCACAGAAAAGGAUAAGGAAGAGCUGAUAAUGGAAUGGAGGUCACGCGGUUGGGUGGAAUCGAUUAAGCGUAAACGGAGCGACAGUUCUAGCUCUCGCUCUUCGGUCGAGUCUACGAUAACUGUGCGUGAGCGUUACGCUUAA